AUGUCCUGCCCUGAGAAGUGCCAGCAGUGCCAGCCCUGCAACCCUUGCUGCCAGUCCUGCGGCCCCUGCCCGCUGGCCAGCAGCUGCAAUGAGUGCUGUGUCAGGCAGUGCCAGAGCUCCCAUGUCGUCAUUGAGCCGCCUGCUGUGCUGGUGACCCUGCCCGGCCCCAUCCUCAGCUCCUUCCCACAGAACACCGCCGUGGGAUCCUCCACCUCCGCUGCCGUUGGCAGCAUCCUCAGCUCUGACGGAGUGCCCAUCAGCUCCGGGGGCUUUGACAUCUCCUGCAUCACCAACUGCUACGGUGGCAGCAGAUGUUGUCGUCCUUGCUAA